AUGCGCACCAAGGAUUCCCUGUUGAAGCGCAGCUCCGAGUCCCGGUCCCAGACGCGCCGCAGCCGGCUCUCAGCGCGGGCAGGGCCCCGCAGCCUCUCCAGCCUCCCGGCCUCCGCCGGCCCCUCGCAGUUGCCAUUCCCGCCCCCCCGCCCCCCGCGCCCGCCCGCCCUUGCAGCCGCUGGGCACCUGCACCGAAACCCAGGCCCCGGGGCUAGUGCCCCGGGGCGUGCGGAGUGUUACCAUAACAACCGGGCGCCCGCCGCGGAGGCCGCCGGGGAGGAAAGACAGCGGGCGGGCGAGGAGCUGGCAGAGGCGCGGGGCAAGCGGGCCGGCCGGGGCGACGGGCGGGCGAAGCCCGGGGGCCGCGGGGCUCGGGUGCGAGUCGGGCAGGGGGACGGGCUGAGCGCUGGGAGCGGAGCGAGGCGGCGGCUGAGGCGGGGGUGGAUGGCCACAGGGGCGCCGGGGAGCCGCGUCGGGCUUGUGGUCUCGGGCCCCCAUGGUCCUCUAACGCAGCCCGGGGGGCCGCUGCGCGCCACACUCCGCUCUCGCCCGCCCUGCGCCUCUCGGAGCCUCAGGUCUGAGGUGGGAGUGUGAUGUGAGCUGCUGGGCGAGCGGCGGAGAGAAGUGCCAACAGAAGGAGGGUUUGGGACGGGAGAGGAGAGCGAGUUAGUCAGCAGAGGUCGGUGGAGGGAGCCAUGAAAACAACUCUCCGGCGGGGAGAGGGGCAGGCGCUGCGCUCGGUGCGCCGGGGCUGAAGGAAAUCCGGGGCCGUGGAGGGACGGAAGGGGCCCGCGGAGGGCAGGCUGCGCCGAGCAGGGGCGAGCGCCCAGCUGUAAACACCCGUCCUGGGGCCGACCUCAGGCCUGGCCACGCUGGGCUGGGGGCUUGGUCGGGGGGCGACCCGGGACAGCCCAGCAGAGUUCGUUUGGGGCUGGGGGGCUGGGCUCGAGGAGAGGACUCGGGUUUCUUUUGACCCUUUUAUUGUGUAAACUUGGCCGCGGUUGCCACAGGAAGGCUAGCCAGAGGGUAAUUACACAGGUGAGGCCCUGCGGGGCAGGCGGAGCUUCUGGCGCGGCGCUAGGGGUCUUGAAGAGUUUCCUGCGCCCAGGCACCAGGACUGAGAAUUUCUCUACCAGCCCCUGCGGAGGUGCCACUGUUCCCAGCGGCGUUUUUUACGAAGGGCAUUUUGAAAACCGAGCAUUACCCGCAGAAUCCGCGGCAAGCCUGUUGAAGGAGCCCCCAAGUGUACUUUACAGCACGCUGGGUGGAAACUGGAUGUGAAAAUGAAGCCAGACCG